AGUACUUCCUAUGAGGAAAUUUACAGUAAAUGAAGAGCUGCAUUUGGCCCCACAGGCGUCAGAAAUAGAUGCUAAAACUGCAGUACAUUAAACGCUAACAUUAAACACAAGAGGACAUCUUUGUUCACUGUCAGCGCGGUCUGAGGAGGGUUUUGCGAGAUGAGGUCUCCGACUCUGCAGCAGGCCGAUGUGGCCCAAGGAGGACAUCAGCAGACAUGUGGGAGAAGUUUGUCCUCCAACUAUGCUCCUCCAAGUCUGGAGAACAAGCUCCUUACUCAGACCUCUGCACUCUUACCCCCAUUUUCAAACCUUGCACUGCAGCCUUCCUCAUGCCCCGCUCUGCAGCCCUCCCACCUGUCUUCCACCUCAUCCUCCCUCCUCUCCACCUCUUCCUUCUCACCUUCCUUCACCUCUCCUCUCCUCAGCACUGAGAACAAGCUCCUCAGCAGUCAAUCACCUUUUCUCUCUUCUUCUCUGAAUUUCUGUACAUCUGGGCCCAAAGUAUUCCAAGUGUCCCACCCCAGCAGUCACUUUGCUCAUUCUUCACUCGUCACUGGCGUAGAGGAGAGUGGAGAUGAAAGCAGGGAGGAAACAUCUAAAGUGAUGCCAUCCUUUUUUGAAGAAAAAAGUGUGACAACUUCUGAGGAAGAUGAAUUUUUGUCUGAAGAGGAGCACGUGGAGGAGGAUGCUGGAUCAGCCAUGGAUUUAGCUGUUCUUGGAACAGAUUUGGGUAACCAAGAACUGGAUCAAGCUGUGGUCAUCAAUCAGGAGGAAUUUGCUGAGCUGGACAGAGGAGAUGAUACGAUUGAAGAGGAGCUAAAGGAUAAAAAAUAUCUCCUGCUGAAUGCCGUGUGUUGCUCCCUGGUCAAUAAGAGCAAAAAUCCAGGAGAGAAGGAAUGGGACUCAGAGGAGAGUGUUUGGACCAAGAUCACUAGCCUGGGGAAGGAUAUUUCUGUCUCUGACCCACAGUUUCUUCUCAAGGUGGCGGUUUACACUCGUCAGGAGCUGAACAUCCGCAUCACAGCAAACUUUUUAUUGGCCCUGGCUGCCAGUCUGCCGUCCACCAAGUCGCAUGUCCGUAGAUACUUCUGUUCUGUCGUGCAGCUGCCUUCAGACUGGCUGGAAGUAGUUCGGAUUUACAGCACAUGCUUCAGCCGCUCUCUGCCGAUGUGCCUGAAGAAAGCGAUGGCUGACAAGUUCAAGCAGUUCAACGAGUACCAGCUGGCUAAAUACAACACGCGCAAACACCGCUGUAAACACAGCCGCAAAAAGCCCAAAACAAAGGGAGCAGACACUCAGCAGCUGGAGAAGUGGGCAAAUCUGCUGCGGUCAGAUAAAUCUAUUCUGGAGAAGUUUCUGAAAGUGGAGGGAGGCAAAGCAGUGGUGGAUAAAAAGCAGAGUGAGUUCAGUAUAAAGAAGAUGAUUAAGAGGCUCCACAUUAAAGAACCGGCUGAACACGUUAUGGCCAUCCUGGGAAAAAAGUAUCCCGCUGACCCGAAGACGUUCAACCACAGUGGGAUGAAGGGUGCAUGGGACAGGGAGCGAGCCGGGAAGAGGAUGAAGCUCAAAGACCCGGAAACGUGGGAACGGCUGCUCAGCCUGGAGGGAAACAAGGCUGCUACCUGGGAGAAGCUCAUAGACAACAAGUCUCUUCCAUUCAUGGCCAUGCUGAGGAACCUGAGGAACAUGAUCAUUAAAGGCAUCAGCGAGGCUCAUCACAAGAAGAUCCUGGACAGACUCACCAACAAGAAAGCUGUUAUUCAGAGCCGACAGUUCCCCUUCAGAUUCCUUGCUGCCUACAAAGUCAUCAUGCAGCUUCAAGAAUUAGCCUCAGCAUCACAGCAGACCAUCCCCUCUGCUAAAGACAUCCUGAAAAGCAUCCUGAAGAGGAUUCCCAAGAGCAGGCGCUUCAGACGAGCAGACUGGGAGACGACGAAAAGGAGCAGGCUGAGGGUUACGCUCGGAGUGCCGUUUAUCUACCGACAGUACAAAGAAAAGAAGGCACAGCUCUUAAAGGCCAAUGGCGGCAUUUCUGGUGAGAGGCUAUUCUCCGUGGAACUGUUGGACCGUUAUCGCAAAGCUCUAGAGACGGCGGUGCAGCUCUCCUGUCGCUACAACAUUUCCCCGCUCCCUGGACGGACUGUUAUCUUUUUGUCCUCGAACUUGAGUGAUUAUGCUGAUGCAGAUAUGAAGCAGGACUUCUGCCUCCCACCAGACCCUGAACAGCAGGAGAAGGAGGAGGAAGAGGAGGAGGAGGAGGAGGAAAAGAAAGCGCGCUACAGAGGACAGAGGAAGAACAUGGAAGUGGAGGACAAACUCACGCCGUCUGUUCAGGAGAUCGGGGUUCUGCUCUCUCUGAUGAUCCACAGCAGUGCUGAGGACGCUCAGCUCUGCAUGGUUGAUUGGGGUAGUGGAGAAGAUGUCCAGCUAAAGUCUGAUGUCCUCCUGGAGAAUGUCAGGAGUGUGAUGAAACAAUUGAAGGCAUUUGAGGAAGCAUCAUCUAGUGACCGAGACUAUUUCUCCAAAAUACUUAACAAGAAAAAUAAGAUUGACAACAUCAUCGUGUUGACGGACAACUACGUACCUCAUUCGCUAAGUUGGGCCAUCAGCAACUACUGCAAGGGCAUUAACAACAAAUCCCUCCUGGUUGAGAUCUACCUUUCAGAUAGAAAGCAAGGAAACACAUCCGACAGCAAAUGUGUGAGACUGGGAGGCUUCAGUGAACAAAUCCUCAGGUUUGUGGCGGAGCGAGGAUCAUCCAGACUGCUGGACCAUGUGGAGAAUUUAGACAGACUGUAUAACAUCCCACCACCAGUCGGAGCUAAAGAUGCCCUAACAUCAAACAACAUUGUCUCAAUACCAGCCAGCCCCAAGUUAAGGUGGCGAGGCGUUCGUGUCUUUAUCUCCUCCACCUUCAGAGACAUGCAUGCUGAGCGCGACAUCCUGGUGCGGAGCGUGUUCCCAGAGCUCAGGCGCCGUGCCGCCCAGCACUGCCUCUACCUGCAGGAGGUGGAGCUGCGUUGGGGAGUGACAGAGGAGGAGUCGGAGCGAGCUGCAGAGCUGUGCCUGUCGGAGGUUUGUCGCAGUCAGAUGAUGGUGGGAAUCCUGGGCGAGAGGUACGGCCUGGUGCCUCCAAAACCUGACCUCCCUGACCUGCCACAGUACAGCUGGCUUUCCUCUGCCCCAGCAGGCCUGUCCAUCACAGAGAUGGAGAUCCGUCAGUUCAAGGCUCUUUACCCUGACUCUGCCAACCAGCGAAUGUUCUGCUACUUCAGAGAUCCAAACAUCUCCAGAUCAGUACCAGUGGCGUGGAGAUCGCACUUUGCUCCUGAAUCAAAGGAGGCUGAGUCUAAAAUGUCCUCUCUGAAGAAGAUGAUCCGGGACAGUAAAGUCAAGGUCAUGGAGAAUUACCCAUGUGAGUGGGGAGGCGUUGUGGAGGGAAAACCAUAUCUGAAAAAACUGGAGGAGUUUGGCAAAGCUGUGCUGGAGGACAUGUGGACGGCUGUCGUAAUGCAGUUUGUGGACGAGGGUGAAGAUGCUGAGGCUGUGUCUGACAUGAAAGAACAGGAGGUUCACCAGGGGGCGCUGCAGAGGCAGUUCUUUGGCAGGCAAAAACUGCUUGCUGCAGCUGUGGAGAUGGUGGAGCAGGCCCGGACUAAAGGAGGGAUGAUGGUGGUGGAGGGAGGACCAGGAGAGGGCAAAACGGUCUUCAUGGCUGCUCUGGCAGAGACCCUCAGGACUGGGGGGAAGUCCAAGAAAAAUCGCAUCUGUGAUGUCAUAUCCUACUCCACAGCUGCCAGCCAAUCAGCUCACUCUGUGGAGAACCUGCUCCAUUAUCUCGUUCAGUGGUUGAAGAAGAAGAAAGACGAUGAAGAGGAAAGACCUCCUCCCAAGUCUUACAAAGAUUUGCUGUCAGAGUUUCACUCCAGUUUGAGUGACAUGAAGAGCAAAACUCCUCUUGUUCUGCUGGUUGACGGUGUGGAUCUCAUCCAAGAUGUCAGAGGUCAGCUGUGCUCUGAUUGGAUACCACAGCAGCUUCCUCAGGGUGUUUGUUUGGUUGUGAGCAUCACAUCCAAAGCGGCUCUUCUACAAACUCUGGCUAAGAAAAAAGGCAGCAUUCUGUUUUCUCUGGGUCAGCUCACCAUGCUGGACAGAAAGGAGAUCGUUCAGAAGGGACUGGACUCCUUUGGGAAGAAACUCAGUGACUCUGCAUUCAACAACCAGCUCCAGAUGCUGGUAAUGAAGAAAGGAGCUGUGAGCCCUCUUUACCUGCAACUGGCCUGUGAAGACCUGAGGAACUUUGCUUCCUUUGACAAGUUGAAGGAGAGCCUCCUGGGUUUGCCUCAGUCUUUGAGUCAGCUGGUGCAGUACAGCCUGGACAGACUCUGCUCACAGUACAGAGGCAUGCUGGGACUCCGCUGGGCCUUGGCUGCACUCACUGUCAGCACUACCGGUCUGAGGGAGAGAGACUUGUACUCUCUCCUGAACACAUGUAAUGAGUUAUCUUCAAGAAACCGACAGGCCACAUGGAAGGAAGCACUUCAUCUUUCUAGGGCACCCAAAGGACGCAUUCCCAUGGCAGUUUUCACCCGAAUAGUGCAGAACCUACAAAGCCUCAUAAGCCCAUCUCAUUGCCACAACACCGAUGACCUGCUGGCUCUGACUAAUCCAGAGGUAAAGAGGGCCUUCGAGGACUUUCUCCUCCCAACAGAGGGCGACAGAGCCAAAGCUCAUCUUGUUCUGGCAGCUCAUCUGUGGGCUCUAGCUGACCCACAGGGAUCAAACACCUUCCUUCACUGUGAGGCCAACUCUGUCAUGCACCUGCCUUCAAGCCUGAUUCAAAGUGGUCAAAUGGAGGUGCUUCAAUCCCUCCUCUCUAGCUACUACUUCCUGUACGCUCAGGUGCGUCACGGCCUCCUGCAUCAACUCCUGAAGACCUACAGCUUAUUUGUCGGCUCACAAGAAAGUCUAGAAGACUGCCGUUGUUUCUUGAAGCGCCACGCCCAGCUGCUCUCGUCUUGGCCGACUCUUUUCAUUCAGCAAGCCCUGAAUGAACCUCCUGAGACGUCUGCUCACAUCUGGGCGCAAGGCCUGAUGGGAAAAGGAGGGGUCAGGGUCAUUGAAUGGCUAAACAACAGUCAGGCUAAACAGGAGAGCAGUGAGCUGGUGUCGACCUUCUCCUCUGAACCGACCUGUUUGGUUGUGAGCUCUGAUGAAGAGAUGAUGGUGGUUGGGACUGGACAGGGAAUGGUACAUGUCAUCAGCACACAGACCAGACAGGAAGUGAAAUCUUUGGUGAGCAGCUGUGACGGUAUCUCCAGCUGCGUGUUUCUUAAAGAUGGACGCCUUGCCACAACCUCCUAUGAUGGACGGAUAGAGAUCUGGGACAUCGGGAACAGCUGCAGGACUGCUCUGAUUGACGCCCACACUAACAUGAUAACAGCGAGUGAUAUCACUGCUGACAAGAAGAAUCUGGCAACGGUGUCUCUGGACUUCACAUUAAAAGUCUGGUCAUCGGCUAAAGGUAAUGAAGUUGCAGCCUUUCACAGCCAGAGCCCUUUGAACUGCGUGACCUUUGACCCUGAGGGUCACCUGCUGGCUGCGGGUUGUUGGAGCGGAACCGUGAUCAUCUGGAACUGGCUCCAGAAUAAAACUGUAACGAACCUGUCCGGUCACAAGCGCUCCAUUCGUAGUCUCUCCUUCGCUCCCUCCUCCUCCAUGCUCUGCUCCGGCUCUGUGUCCGGAGAGGUCAGAGUGUGGUCGGUGCCCACCUCCACCUGUGUGGGAUGUUUCCAGGCUCAUACUGGAUCCACAGAGGCGCUCAACUUCCUGGAGAGCGGGAGCAUGCUGCUGAGUGCCGGAUCUGAUAACAUGCUGCAGCUCUGGUCAGGAGGACUUGGACGUUCAGUCACAGCAUUAAAAAGCGAUGCGUGUGAGCAGGAGCCUCCUCGUAAGAAACAGAAGUCUGUAACGUCUGAACCGGCUGCUCUGUGUGUGGCUGUGAACGGAGACUAUGCUGCUGUGGGAUAUCACGGUGAUGGCAUCAAACUCUUCAGUCUGGAGACAGGGGACAUGAUUUGGGCGUCAGAGGGCCUUCAUGUGUCUGUGCCGUGCAUGCAGUGGGUCUGUGUGGAUGCGGAGCAGACUAAAACUGAGCUGCUGGUGACUGUGGGGAGCGACGUUCGUAUGAGGGUCUGGAAGAAGAAAGAUGAAGAGCUGGGGCUCCUGGGAGGUCUGAUUGAGUCUGCAGUUUUUGGUCACCAACACAACAUCCUUGCUAUUGAACAAAACUCAACAUACCUGGCUACAGCUUCAGUUUAUGGCUCUAUUUGUCUGUGGUCGCUGAGUGAGCUGGCUGCAGACCCCAGCUCCACGGAUCCUAAAGAGCAGCUGAAAGGACAUACUGGAGGAGUCACCUGUCUGUCUUUCAGCCCUGAUGGUGGACAGCUGCUGUCUGGAGGGAAAGAUAAGGCUCUGAUGGUUUGGGAUGUGAGCGAGUCUCCUCCUGUUCUCUCCAAGUCUCUCCCUCACUCUCACAGGGACUGGAUCACUGGCUGUGCUUGGACUCCAGACUGUGUGGUUAGUUCAUCAAGCGAUGGGAGGCUUUGUUUCUGGGAUCUGCAGGCAGGCCAGCGUCUCAAAGAGAUUUCCUGGUCCAGUCCUCUUACGUCUGUCUGCUGUCUGGGACACUAUGUGAUGGCUGGCUGUGCAGAAGGAGCGCUUCAUGUUUGGAACUGGGAAACAGACACAGAAGUCAGCCACAUCCCCGCACACAAGCAGCGGAUUCACCACUGCUGUGUCCUAGCUAAUACAGACAAAAACAAAGAAGUCAUACCAGAGGAAAUGACUGUCCUGACUGCGUCUGAGGACGGCUCAGUGCAUGUCUGGAAACCACUCGAGGUGGAGCACUUAAACACCUUUCAUGGUCACUCCGGCUCGGUGCGUGGAGUUUUCUCCAAAGAAGGACUCCCAGAAUUCCUCACAGUUUCUGAAGACUGCUCACUAAGAAGCUGGACUCAGACGAGAAAUGGUACGUCCACUCUGAGAGGCCCGGUCACGGCGCUGUGCUUCUCUCAGAGGGACGAUCUGCUGUUUGCCGGUUAUGAAUCCGGUUUUCUUGAAAUAUGGCAUAACAACACCUUGGUUGGCCACAAGCAGACUUCAUCCAGCUCCAUCACAGCAAUCUGCUCCAUGCCUGAUGACCAGUACGCUGUCGGCUACAUGAAGGAUUCUGUUGAUGUUUGGAAGCUGGUGUGGAAUCAACAACGCAGCACAGCAAGCCUGACGAAGGUAACUACGUACAAAGCGAACGAUCCGGUGAUGGACCUCAUAUACUGCUCGCUCCUGAUGGUGGUGUCAACCAAUGGAACAAUAUACGACAUCACAGCUAAUGAAGACAACAAGUGGACCUGUUCAGCCACAGACUGGACAGAGAGAGUACGAAUACUUGGGAUGAAAAGAAACGACGACAAAAGCAUGUGGCUGAUUGGUGAAUCAGAAGAAGGAGUUGAGAUUGGCUUCAUCUUCUCUCUGGGCCCCAAACAAGGUUUAAAUUCAAAUUUCUGCUCAACGCACCUGCUCACUGAUGAGGAGGAGAAGAAAGGCAGCCUGAUCACAGCUGCGACUAUGGACAAAGACCUCAUCGUGUGCGGAGACAUUAAGGGCAGCAUGUGGUUUAUCCAGGCUCCAGAACCUUCUACGUGGUGCAACAGAAAACCCGCCCACAGUGGCAGGAUCACUGUACUCAGACUCACUGACAGAACCAUCAUCUCAGCCUCCUACGACAGGACGGUGAAGCUGUGGGAUAGAAACACCAAGAAACAGCUGGGGAUGUUUGUUUGUGGAGGUCCUGUUCUGCUCUUGGAGGUGAAUCCCAACAAUCCCACUGAGCUGGUUUGUGGAGACGGACAGGGAAAGCUCUACUUUCUCUCCUGGAAGAAUAAUCCUUGAAAUAUUAUACACUAAACUGAUCUGCAACCAAAGAUGACCUAUUUUCUUUCUUUUUGGUGAAUGUGCAAUGACUGUGCAAAAAUAAAAGCAGGGUAAAAAUUGAGACUAUAUGUAGGAAUACGGAUCUUUGUAUCAGCUUUAAGCCAUGUUUACAUGUGCCUUUCAUUUGAAUAAACUUAACAAGCAAGUAUAAAAAUAGGAAGCUUGAAAUAUAUCAGUUUUAGUUUGGUUUUAGGUCUGUUAGUUGUUUUAUUUGAUCAUACUGAAAGAGGAAAAAGGAAUUUUUAAUAGACACUUUAAGGGAAAAUGGUGCAAUAAACUUGAAUGUUUUAUUCUUGGGAUUAAAACUAUUUGAAGCAG